AUGCUAUCACUACCGACGAGGCUUUCAAGUGUACGAGGUUGUGUUCAUCGUGCAGCAGUAUGUCGGAGACCUGCCCAACGAGCAAAUUCAACAACUGCUUCAGCCUCCACAUCGUCUUCACAGCAACCUGAUUGCCAGUUUCCCUAUCCCACCAACCGCAAUCCAACUCCCUACCAAAUCUUCCACCUCCCCCGCGGUGCGUCGGAGAGUGAUAUAAAAGCACGAUAUUUUGACCUCGUCCGGCUAUAUCAUCCAGAUAAACCUGGGCUAUCUGUAUCACCCGAAGUAGCUCAUGCCCAAUUUCAGGCCAUAACGGCGGCGUACGACGUGCUGAGGGAUAAGACCCCGUCAGGCAGCGCACUUAGUCCCUCGGGAGCCAAGGCCGCGGACUCGACGUAUCGAUCAACGGCGGCUUGGAGGGCAACCCGUCAACGCAGGCAGGAGUUGUAUAACAGCGGCGCGGCGGAUGAAAGCUGGAAAGACAAGAUUAUCAUCUUGGGCGUUGUCGGGACGAUAUUGAUUGUCGUCUAUGAAACGACAACCACGCGACGCGAAGCCAUGGCGGAGGCUGUUGCGCGUAGCCGUAAUUACGGUGUGCACAGGGAGUACCAGCAACCACAGGUGGACGAACGGCUUGCGGAACCCACCAGUCAUCAGGAAGCGAAGCUCAAGUCGUAA